AUGCAGUGGUGGAAGGUGACCCUGCUGGGGGUGGGGCUCGCUGCCCUGUUCGGUCUGGGGAUCAUCGUGGGGCACUUUGCCAUCCCCAAGAAGGACGAGCCCACCUCCAGCCCCUUGCAGGACCUGGAUCAGGAACUGCUGGGGACCGUCAUGAGUCAGCUGGACGCCAACAGGAUCCAGGAGAACCUUCGGUGGUUCAAAUUUGACCCGGCCCCUUUCCCCACAGUGAAUCCCGGGGGAACCAUUCUCUUCUCUGCCCGGCGGAGCGAGGAGAACCUUACUGGGGAGCAGGGAGACCCAGAGGUGGUACAGCCCUACGCCGCUUACAAACCAAGAAUCUCAGGCCCCUGCUCCAGCUGUCCCCUGAUGUCCAGUCCCAUCUGGACUCCCAAAGAGUCCCAACAGCUGAGCCCUCCCACCAACCCCAGCCGCGUUCAAGGGGAGCUCCGGACCACAUGGGCCCAGCCUGAACCAGACCGUGUUCCCACCCGCCUGCAGCAGUUCCUCCGCCUCCUGUGCACCUCCUCCAGGCACCAUGUCUUGGCCGGGCUGGCCCUCCCUCAGUUUCCUGUAACACGGGGGGCUCCGGGUCUGACCUCCAGCCUUUGUCUCCUCAGUAACCUCCGCGGGCCUGUGGCGCCCGCCGCCUGGCAGGGCGCCCUGGGAUGCCAGUACAGGCUGGGGCCGGGUUUCCUGGACAGCGGCCGUUUCCCCCCGGACAGUCAGGUGAACGUCACCGUCCACAACCGGGUAGAACUGAGGAAUUCCUCCAACGUCCUGGGCGUCAUCCGCGGGGCCGUGGAGCCUGACCGCUACGUCCUGUACGGGAACCACCGGGACAGCUGGGUGCACGGGGCUGUUGACCCCAGCAGCGGCACGGCUGUGCUCUUGGAGAUCUCCAGGGUGCUGGGGACCUUGGUGAAGAAGGGAAAGUGGCGCCCCCGCCGGUCAGUCGUGUUUGCAAGCUGGGGGGCCGAGGAGUUCGGCCUCAUUGGCUCCACUGAAUUCACAGAAGAGUUCUUCACCAAGUUGCAGGAGCGGGCCGUGGCUUACAUCAACGUGGACAUUGCCGUGUUUAUACAUGUCGGGGCUACGGGCCGGGGUCUCCCGGGGGAUCCCGCCCAGAGUGUCAUCUUCUCUGCAGCAAAACAGGUCCCAGCACCAGAGAACAGCGCCCUGACCGUGUACGACCGCUGGCUCCGACAUAGCAACCGAAGCAGCCCCGCUCAUGGAGUCAUUCCCAGCCUGGGCUCUCUGGGCUCUGGGAGCGACUACGCCGCCUUCCUGCACUUCCUGGGAAUCACCUCGAUGGACAUCGCCUACACCUACGACCGGAGCAAAACUUCGGCCCGGAUCUACCCCACCUACCACACGGCCUUUGACACUUUCCAGUAUGUGGAGAGGUUCCUGGACCCUGGCUUCAUCAGCCACCAGGCCGUGGCCCGCACGGCCGCCAACGCCCUGCUCCGGCUCAGUGACAGCCUCCUGCUGCCCCUCAACGUCAGCGACUACAGCGAGACCCUCCGCAGCUUCCUCCAGGCUGCCCAGGACACCCUGGGGCCCCUCCUCACUCAGCCCGGCAUCAGUCUGGGGCCUCUGGUUUCAGCGGUCGGGAGGUUUGAACAGGCAGCAGCUGCCCUGCACCAGCGCAUCGAGACCCUCAAGAAUAACCCGUCAGACCCCCUGAAGGUCCGGAUGGUGAACGACCAGCUCAUGCUCUUGGAACGAGCUUUCCUGAACCCUCGAGCCUUCCCUGAAAAAUACUAUUACAGCCACGUGCUCUGGGCCCCCCGAACAUCCUCCGUGCCCACGUUCCCGGGCUUGGCCAAUGCCUGUGAGGAGGCCUCCAAGACCCCACAUGACCCCGAGGCUUGGGCCAAGGUGAGGAAGCAGCUCAGCAUCGCUGUGAUGGCUGUGGAGGGGGCCGCCGCCACCCUGGAGCCCGUGGCCUGACUUCGGA